UCUAAGGAGGUUGGCCCUGAAUAUGGCAUUGGUUAUUUCCGUGUACUAACGUAGUCAUUAUUUAACUAUUUAAGCGAUCGGUCGUGUCUUCCUAUAUGAAAAUGAAACUAAUUUCCUACCAAGUGAAUACGCGACCAAAAUAUUUGUAGACUGAUACAAACAUACAUUUUUUUCCCAUCGGGCCAUAGUUUGCCGCCAAUUGAUAAUUACAGUGCCAUCAGAAAUUACGUCCGUUCGACUUUGUUUUUAUCUUGUUUGUCCGGUAAUUAUCAAAAAUAAUGGUGAAAUGUGCCGAGUAAAUUAGGACAGUACGAUUUAUGAAAAUGGAGGCUUUAAUUAAAGAAGGAAAAGGUGUUUAACAACAGCUACGGUGGAUUUGAAACAUGUCAGCCACUCAUAUCCAAGUCGUGAAGUGGAGCUUUCCUGCUUUCGCGCUCAUUAUCGGUCUCCUCUGGUACAGACGUCGUCGAGUAGACAGAACUGAUCCAGGUGGAAUUAACACUCCAGAUAAUAGCGACAAAAAUUUUGCGAAUCGCAAAAAAGAAGUUGCCUCGUCAAAGUCUAACUCGAAUUUUUACGAUUCGGGCAUACAAUUUGACGAAACGUCCUCGUUGAAUUCUUCCAAUCAAUUGAUAGAGGAAAUCGUUUGUAGUCCUAGAAAACGAAGCGAAAGUUUAGAUAUACCUAUGAGGAAGACUUGUUCGCAGUCUGUUUCCGCGCAUUCUAGAGUCUCUUGUAAAGAUGAUCAAGCAUGGUACAGUUAUCUAGACACAUCAACAAGUGAAAUGGAAAUACAGCUGGGCAGUAAUCCGAAAAUGAGCAAUUUCGAAAUGGUUGUUAGAAGCAGAAGUUCAUCCUCUUUGGAGAACAUCACUGAUACCAGUAGUAAAGUAUUAAAAAUAUUCGAUAAUGUUGUCGAAGAGGAGGAACAAAAGUUACCCUGCGAGAAUAUUACAGAGCUCGACGAUAAAACCGAGAAAAAUGAUGCAAAUAACGAAUGCAAUUACCUUCCAAGCAAAGAAUUAUCUGUUUCCACUCCGUUAAAAGAAACUGCUAAGACUCCGGCACAAGCACUGUCCGAAAGAGACUCCGCUAAUCAUAGUCCAGUUUCCGCUGUUUUAGAAGGUAGCGUUACCGAUGAAGCUCGAAGCGAAGGAAGCACAGACAGCGGAAAAGGCGGAAGUAUCAACGGUCAUCCAAAGGAUACUGCAAACCCGGUGUUAUAUGAGUUUAGUAUACCACAGAAUUUAGUAGGAAGGCUAAUUGGUCGUCAUGGAAGCUUCUUACAGAGUAUUCGAGUUAAAGCUGAAGUGUAUAUAGUCGUUAAACGUCAUCCUACAUCGAGAAAUCAGAAAGUUUGUGCCAUAGAAGGUUCCACAGAAGGAAUCAACAUUGCCCUAGAUAUGAUACGAAAACAGUUCCCUGAGAAAAAGUAUCCUCACGUAACCCUUGAACAGAUUUCGCCAUUAAAAAUACCAGAAGAAAUUCCAUGGGUCGCUGAGUUAAUACAAUUGUCUUUAGUGGAAGGGAUGAACAACGAUGUCGUCGUUUGUCACAUAGUCAAACCAAAUCGUUUCUUCGUACAGCUUCCUACUCACCCUACGUACCCAUCCUUGCGGAUUUUAGACGAAAACAUGACACGAUUAUACGACACCAUAGAAUCACCUUCAGCUCCAGACGAGCUUAGUAGGGGUAUGAUUUUUGUUACGAAAUGGUAUAAUAAGUGGGUGAGGGUAUAUCUUGAACGACCAGAUCCUAAUGGCGAACGGCAUCUAGUAAGGCUUGUCGAUCACGGUGGAUAUUGGUAUUUCAGUAGUUCUGAGAUGAAAAAAAUUCGAUCAGAUUACCUUACAUUGCCGUUUCAAGCAAUUGAAAUAUUUUUAGCGAACGUUCAACCGCGGAACGGUGAGUGGGAUCAAGAAGCGUACAAUGUAGUUCUUCAGAUGUGUAGCGGAAUUGUCGGUCAAGCUCAAAUAGCAGGAUACAUUAAUAAUAGUACAUACGUUAAUUUAUAUCUUAAUAUUCAGAAACAUGGAGUGAUAUCUCUUGCCGAUGAACUGGUUGCCCGUGGAUUUGCGGAACCUGUACCGUUGGAGAGCAUAGUUCCAGAAGAAGUAUCAUUUUCUUAAGGUACCAAUUUGAAGUUUAGUCUUUAACUAAUUGUACUGUAAUGAAACUGUACGGUGAUAAUACGUGAUCGUGUAAUAUUUUUAGUCACUAAUUGCGUAUAAUUUGUAUUCGUUUCUUAGUCGGAGUUUUAUAUUUCAUAAUUUCAUACUAAGUGAAAGAGGAUACAAAUAUUUCUGUUAAACGAAAGUUACAUCGACAGUAAAAUCUUCACUAUGAUUAAUACUGUUUCAUAUUUAAUUAAGCUUAAGUCGAGUCACAUGACAUACAUAGCAUAUAUUCUCUUAUUAAUAUAUUCAGUAUCAUUGGACGUAUAUAAAAAAAAAAUAGUUAUAUUCAAUGAGCAUUUAUAAAUACUCCUCGCGUAUGAUUUGACAAGUACAAAUGUGGAUUAUGUUUAGUGUGACAUGUUUACACGCAAUGUUUAAUCGAAUUUUUUAUUACCGUUUUUUUUUUUCACAAUGGCGGGGAAAAAAAGUUUAGAUCAAAUAUUCAUGGGCAGUAGAAUAAUCGUAUGGAGAAAACACCUUGAUUUUCGUACUUAUUAUGUGCUGUCGAGAUGUACGAUAGACAUUUACCAAUCUCAAAAUGUACAGUACAUAUGAUACAUAUUGAACGCCACAUUUCUAAGGGGCUGGUUAAAUAAUCUUGUACAUUGAAUUACGAUAUUUAAACGAUCUAUAACAUAGGUGCAGCAUUUUUUAUGGUAUGAUAACAUAACAUACGUCCUUUAUAAGCUACAAUAAUAAAUGAAGAAGAAAAAAUAUCGAGAAAUUUGAAUUGCAACAAUCACAUGGUACUUUGGUCCAUGAUACUUUUAUUUUUGGAACUAUUGUCUUUUUUUUUUGGUGUUACGCGAAAAAAAUAUGUGUGGGACAAAUCCUACAGAUGACACUUAGGCGGCUUCGCUAAUCAAUUGAAAUUCAAACGAUUGCAUUAGUUCAUAUUCAGGAUAAUAGAAGCACAGAAAUGAAAUGUAAACUCUGAGACUGUUAGGGGAAAAAAUGGGAAGUUGCGUAUUUAACUUUUCCAUUAUAGGCAAAUUUCGAGAUCACACAUUUUUGUAUAUAGUGUAACAUUUCUUCUCCGUAUAUAAAAUAUUUAUAAUAUACCUUAACGAUAAUAAUAAUGAUGGAAAUGAGAAGAAAGAAAAAAAGAUGCAACGGUUAGACGUUGGUUAGCUCUACACGGUGAUAAAUAUGACAAGAUAAAGAUAGCAAAUUUAUAUAUUUUACACUUCUCAAACACGGAUAGAAAAGUGAUUGUAUUAUAACUAUUUCGGACGAAUCGGGAAAUUCGCUUCUCUAAUACGACUUAUGGUAUCUAUUACAGGUUGUAUUUGUUCAUCGUAACGCGAUUUUUAGUACAUUAAGGUAUAAGAAAGACUUAUUUUUGUCUAAAUUCACAUAGCAGUGUUAUUUUCAUUCUAUUAUUUCAUCUUUUCUUUUUUUUUUCAACGAUUGAGCUUUGAUACUGAAAGAAAUCGUAUUUAUAUGGCGGUGGUAUUCGCGAAAAUCGGGAUUAAUAUCUCAGAAUUGUUAAAGUAAAGAAACUAUAAAUAUUAAUAUUAUCUAUAUACACUUUUAAUGUUAGAGGCUUAUCGUAUAAUAUAUAUAUACACACACAUAUAUAUGUUAUAUGUUGAAAGAUUAGCUAAAUUAUUUUCAAUAAUGGAAAGGAAACGCGAUUUCUAUAAUUAUUUGUUUCUCUGUAUAAUCGUAAUUUCUUCCUGUAAUUUUCGCUUCCUUAAUCCCGGUAGAAGUUUCUUAAAUGUUUACAAUAUUUUAAUUGUACACUGCCAUCGAGCAGGCUUCCCAAGGCUGGUAGCCUUUUUUUCUUUUUCCUUUCAUAGAUCGUACGAUGUAUCGUUUGUAAUUUUAUAAUUAUAUUAAUGUUCAUCGAUCCACUUCAAAUGUUCCGUUUAUUCUAUUUGUAAACAACUGAACUGUAUUGGACAGCCGUAUUAAUAAUUUAUGUAAGAAUUACUACUGUAAGCGUGAGAAAAAUUGAAGAAAAUUUGCAAAAAAAAA